GGUAGUCGAGCGAAUCGGGGUAUAAAAGGACCAGGCGCUUUCUACUACGAAGUCACAAUCCUGGAGGAUGGAGAUGUGCGUCUUGGAUGGGCCACCAACUCUGCAUCUCUGAUGCUCGGUACGGAUGCCGAGGGCUACGGAUACGGAGUUGAUCCACUGGGUAGGCAAAACAACGCCCUUCAAGUUCAAAGCCUACUUGCACUACUUGUGAUCUAUCUGCGGAGGAAAUACAUUCAACCUGCGUUUACUCUUUGUUUUAUUUUAGGACUGGGUUCUGCAAAGAACCACUCAAAUUAUGGUCGUUUCGUGAAUGGAGGCGAGUCCUACGCUAUGGGCAUGCCGGCAGUUGUGAACGAUGUGAUCGGUUGCUUUUUGGUGCUUCGAAAGCAGGCCUACGGAUCCGACCUCGAGGGUAACGUGUUUUGGUCUCACAAUGGCCAGAUCGUCCUCUCGCCGAGCUUGCAGGAGAUAAAAAUACCGUCGGAGCAGGCAACUAGAAGCGCUUUCUUCCCAAGCACCUCACUGAAGGACGCUCGUGUGGCCUUCAACUUUGGCGAGGUACCCUUCACUUAUUCGCCUGAGGAGCUGACGGAGGGUCGCAGUGAUUGGCUCCCUCCCGUUAUGGUACCCCUGCAGCAGGUGGUUCACAAUGUUAAUGCCGGCUGGCGCAUAAACCAGUUCGAUGUGACCUCUACGACCGACCUGCAGGUGUCCGAGGACGGCCGAAUGAUCCAGACCAAGUCAACCACUGGCUGGCAUGGCUUCCGGGCCAACAAGGGAGUUUUCGGAUCUGGAAAGUAUUACUAUGAGGUAGAACAGGUAGAGAACUCUGGUAUGGCUCGGUUCGGCUGGGCCCUUCAGGAUGGCAAUCUAAUCCUUGGAACAGACAACAUGGGCUACGCAUUCGGAGUCGGGCCCGAUGGCAGUCAGGCUCGCAAAGUCUUCAACGGGCUUUCAGAACCUUAUGGCACGCCUUUCCGAGUGGGCGAUGUCAUCGGAUGUUUUCUGGAUUUGGACAAUGGUAUCCUCCAGUGGUCAAUUAAUGGCAAUGCCUUCCCAGAGGCCUACCGAAUUGACCAAUCUUUCAUCACUCACAAAAAGAGCGUUUUCUUCCCCGCGGGAUCCCUAUAUAACACAACUAUCAGUGUCAACUAUGGUGAUCGUCCGUUCAAGUUCGAGCCAUCGCGAGAGUGGUAUUACCUCUUCGCGGCAGCCGAUGAGGACGUUUGCGACUCUAAGCUAUGGCCAGCUGAUAUUAACGUUGCACCAAGGACGCCUGCAAACACGGAACGCGUCGAGAGUGAUGUUCAGCGUCAGGGUGUUACAAUAACCGUGAACACUCUGGAUCGGAAACAAAACCACUCCGUAUCGCCUGAGGCAGAGGCCAGUCCCAGCAACUCCUCUGUAGAUAAGGACGAGGACACUGUGGUGCAGAAAGCCUCAGAAACGGGAUUCGCCACUCCACUCGUACCAAUGACCUCCUACAGUGAAUCAGUCCACGUGGAGGAGACACGCGGCGAGCCGGUUAUCCAAGUGGACUACUACAUCAACGAGGAGGGUCAGCAGGUGAAGCGAAUUAUUCAGCGACACAAGACGACUGUGACAACAGUCAGAAACGCGUCCACGGAGAGGCGAGAGACUCAGCUGAUCCCUGUGUGGACCCUUGAAGAGCGUAAGUGCAUGCAUGCUCCCUACCUCUGUGCCGACACCGUGUCUACUUUGGGUAUCAUAGUCCAGCUUGUGUGA